AUGAGAAUCGUGACAGACUACGAAAGCUUCGAAGAACAUCACGACGCAUCCGCACCGUCAAACGAAAGCACUCGUUCGACACACUUGAGAUUAACAAGCCAUCUCGGCAUAGGAAGAAACGAAAAGGAACGAGCCAAACUUCACAUGGCCAAGGAAACUCCUUCCCGGAGCCGACUUGACCAUUUUGUGAAGGAAGUCUCAAUCCGCUCGUACAAAUGCUCCCAAACUUCACCAGAGGCAUAA